AUGCGAAGACUUUCCAGUCAACUCUCAGCCACCUCCGUCCACCCUGGCUCUCCUACUUCUGUACCUAUUUCCGUACGGCGAGCCGCCCUCCAAGAACGUCUCGCAGAGAUAGAAAGCCUGCAUCCGGAACUCAGCUCUGCUUUGACUGAUUCAUUCGGACGCAGUCACAACUAUCUCAGGAUCUCGCUAACUGAGCGGUGCAAUCUGAGAUGCUUUUAUUGUAUGCCGAGCGACGGCGUGGAAUUAUCGCCCAAAGCCACAUUACUCUCUGACGACGAAGUCGUUCGCUUAGCGCGUCUCUUCGUACGGAAUGGAGUCACGAAAAUCCGCCUCACCGGUGGAGAACCUACUGUCAGAAAAGGCAUCGUUGAGCUAAUAGCGCGACUGAAUGCCUUAAGACGCGAUGGAUUGCAAUCCAUCGGCAUGACCACCAACGGACUAGUUCUUCAGCGAUACCUUCCGGCUCUAAUCGAUAAUGGCUUGACUCAUCUUAACAUAAGUCUCGAUACGCUUGACCCGUUUACCUUCGAAAUCAUGACCCGUCGGAGAGGCCACGAAGCGGUUCUGCGCUCGAUUGAUGCCGCUCUUGACUCUGGACGCCUGGCGAGCGUCAAGUUGAACGUUGUAGUCAUCAGAGGUCUUAAUGACCGCGAAGUGCUGGACUUUGUGGAGAUGACGCGUGACCGCCCAGUCUCCAUCCGUUUCAUUGAGUUCAUGCCUUUUACGGGAAACAAAUGGGACAAAUCAAAAAUGAUACCUUCGAUGGAUAUGCUGGAUAGGAUACGGGACCGGCACCCAACCGUCACCAAAGCUUCAGACGAGCUCAACGAUACAGCCCGCUCAUACCGAAUUCCGGGCUAUCGCGGGAGCAUAGGUUUCAUCAGCAGCAUGUCCGACCAUUUCUGUGGGGAUUGCAAUAGACUUAGGCUGACAGCGGAUGGUCAGAUUAAGGUUUGUCUCUUCGACGCCAAAGAGAUGUCCCUUCGCGAUCAAAUGCGGUCCGGUGCCAGUGACGACGAGCUCCUCCGCACAAUUGGCAAAGCGGUGGGAGGCAAGAAGGAAAAGCACGCUGCUCUCUCGUCUUCCGCCAUCUGUGGUAAUAGUCGUUUGGCUUCGAUGAUCCCUCGGGUGCGCAAACCAUUUGCAAACCGGCUUUUCCAAGCGCAUUCCAGUGCUUCGCCAUCUCGAGCUAUUCGGGCGUUUACGACGACACGCAGAGCGGAACGAGCGAAGUUGACUCAUGUCGACGAGUCCGGCCGACCUUCGAUGGUGGAUGUGUCAAGCAAAGCUUUUACCUCACGAUCGGCCACGGCGCACGGCCGCAUCUUCCUCCCUUUCCACGCCUUCGACCUUGUUUCCUUCGCUGCUACAGACCCGAACACGAUAUCGUCGGAAGAGCACUCCUCUUCGAAAGAUUUAGUCAAAGCCAAAGCCAAAGCGCGCGCCAAAGGAGACGUCUUGACUGUCGCACAGCUAGCCGCGAUCAUGGCGUGCAAACGGACCUCGGAUCUCAUACCUCUCUGCCACCCGCUUCCCAUCACGCACGUAUCGGUCUCGUUGGUGCCGGAGGCCAAGGACAUCUACGAUCCGGAUGGGCGCGCAUCAAGGUCGCGGUACAGUGUGUUAUGCACCGCGUCUGUUCGCUGCAGUGGGAAGACGGGUGUAGAGAUGGAGGCUCUUACGGCGGUUUCUGUAGGGCUACUUACCGUAUGGGACAUGCUGAAGGCAGUAGCAGGGCGUGAGAUGGUCAUGGGUGACAUCUGCGUCUCGCAUAAGUCAGGCGGGAUGAGCGAAGAUUUUGAGCGCGAUGUAGACCAUGACGAUUCACACAGUCUACAUUGA